AUGCUUGUAGAUCACCCUCUCUGGGACGCGCACGGCACCGCACGACUACAACAAUUGUUGCAGGAAGAUACUGCUCCUGUGACUGCAUCUCAAUGUGCGCAGAGGGCCGAGGAGCUCGUGAAGGACGCCGAUGCUUUACUGCUCCUAUCCAUCGAGUUCAAAACGAGAGCGAAUCGACUGGCUCCGAUAUCUCAAUUACCGCCAGAAAUAUUCCUGCGCAUCACUCGCUUUGUGGUGGAAGCAUGGCGCCCCUCCAGUCGGGAUCUGGGCUGGGUACGCAUGACGCACGUGUGUCGGUUUUGGAGGAACCUCCUCAUGGGCGAGCACACGUUAUGGGCGAACGAAAUUGGCAUCAUCCCCAGAGCGUCCCGGCGCUUCCUGAAGCGCUCCGGCGCGAACGCACCCCUCCAUCUCUAUGGGAUAGUUGGGCACGCACGCCUUGGGGAUUUCUUUUUACCGUUGAAACAGCUGCCUCUACAACGAGUCCAUACCUGGCACUGCUUCCUACCCAACCACUUGACGCUUGCGAGUUUCACCAAGCUGUUGUACAAGAACUCAUUGCCAUCGCUGAGGGAUCUUGUCACAGAUUACAAUGGAACUUCUGUCCGGCACACCAACAAGAUCGGCAAUGCACCUGUGCUCACUUCCUGGAGAAGCAAAAGGGUGUUCUUCACGGUCAUCGCGCCCUUACUAGUAAACCUCGACCUUUCUGCUGUCCAUGUGACAGCCACGGAACUACUUUGCCUUUUUUCUCGGAGUCCUCUCCUGAGAUCCUUCAUCGGCAGUCGAAUAUCGUUUGAUGAAGACGAUGGGUCCGAUACGUCUUGCCUGAAGGUGGACUUGCCUUCGCUACAAAAACUCUCCCUGGGAGUUUUUCGGAUCAGCGCUCACGACCUCUAUGAACGCUUCAUCGCCCACAUCGCCCAUCCUACUUCUACAGAAGUUACGCUCAACAUAACCCAAGAUAUUGGAUCUUCGGCGGACUUCGACAUUCUCAUAUACUACCUAUGCAUGCCAUCGCAGGAAGAUCUUCGAUGGAGAAUGGAGAUAAGGAACGGUUCGGUAUUCCUCACUGGGAGCUCAGUCGUGUCACCAUCGCAUCACGGGACAAGAACGAUCGGCCUCGCCAACCAGACCCUCGGAACCCUAGUUCCUCAUCUUCGCAAUGGGUCUGAAGACCUGUCACUGGCGUUGGGAAACAUACAGUACCUUGACCUGGACGGGCCAUCAACUGGCCCUAUACAGACGACCGGAGACGAGCGCAUGGCCGAGCUUUGCAUGGCAUUGAGUGGGUUACGUGCCCUUCGCAUUCUUAGCUGGGGCUGGUCACAUCGGCACGAUAUCUUAGUCGCCUUGCCCAAGUACCAUACCGCCAGCACUGAGCACCUCCUACCCCAUCUUCAGUCAUGGCGAGUCAGCUUAGAUAUCCUCGGCAGCGUGGGCGUCGAAGAGCUCGUCAAAUGGCUUGAACCUCGCAUAGGUGCCGGGAUGGGUCCACAUACCUUGCUCGUUGACUGUACAGAAGGUCAUGCGCGCCCCGAUUUCGACUCGCGACUUCUCGCGCUGGUGCCAGAUGUCAGAUACAUAGACCCUCGAGAUUGUGAUUCUAGGAAACGGUGGCAACUAGUAUAG